GGGAGGAAUUUGCACGGUCGGGCAGGACAGGAGGAAGCGCGGGACAUCAGCAAACCAGCCGGGUCAAGAAGAAUCUGCAGGGAUGGAGAUCCGACCAGACAGGUUUAAGGCGGCCGCGGGAAAAACUCUGGGGAGAAUUAACAGGCUAAUUGAGAAGCGACAACAAAAUGGAGAAACCAUUGAACUAUCAGCCGAGGGCCGUCCCGAGCUGGUGGAGGAGAAGGAGCUUCCAGUGGUGGACUGCACCUGCUUUGGCCUGCCGAGGCGCUACAUCAUCGCAAUCCUGUCCGGCCUGGGAUUUUGCAUCUCUUUUGGCAUUCGGUGCAACCUGGGUGUGGCCAUUGUCAGCAUGGUGAAUGACCAAACGGUCUACAAAGGCAACAAGGAAGUCCUCGUGGCUGCACAGUUCACCUGGGACCCCGAGACAGUGGGAAUGAUCCACGGCUCCUUUUUCUGGGGCUACAUCGUCACACAGAUCCCGGGUGGCUUUAUAUGUCAAAAAUUUGCCGCCAACAGAGUGUUUGGCUUUGCCAUAGUGGCCACAUCCACCCUCAACAUGCUGAUUCCAUCUGCUGCUCGCUGCCAUUACAGCUGCGUCAUACUGGUUCGGAUAUGCCAGGGCCUUGUUGAGGGUGUAUCAUACCCAGCCUGCCACGGGAUCUGGGCCAAGUGGGCUCCUCCGCUCGAGAGAAGUCGAUUAGCCACAACGGCCUUUUGUGGAUCCUAUGCAGGGGCGGUGGUGGCCAUGCCUUUGGCUGGGAUACUGGUGCAAUACACUGGGUGGCCUUCAGUAUUCUACGUCUACGGCGUUUUUGGGAUAUUCUGGUAUAUGUUCUGGAUUCUGGUGUCGUAUGAGAGUCCCGCCGCUCAUCCCACCAUCACACCGGAGGAGAGGAAGUACAUUGAAGAUGCAAUCGGAGAGUCUGCUUCGUUUCUUAAUCCUCUGCACAAAUUUAAAACCCCAUGGAAACACUUCUUCACCUCCAUGCCAGUCUACGCCAUCAUUGUGGCCAACUUCUGCAGGAGCUGGACCUUCUACCUGCUGCUCAUCAGCCAGCCGGCCUACUUUGAAGAAGUCUUUGGCUUUGAGAUCAGCAAGGUGGGAAUGGUGUCAGCUCUCCCCCAUCUGGUGAUGACAAUCAUCGUGCCGAUUGGAGGCCAGUUGGCCGACUACCUGAGAACCCACAACCUGAUGUCCACCACCAACGUCAGGAAGCUCAUGAACUGUGGAGGCUUUGGGAUGGAGGCCACCUUCCUGCUGGUGGUGGGAUUCUCUCACUCAAAAGGCGUUGCCAUCUCCUUUUUGGUCCUCGCUGUGGGCUUCAGUGGAUUUGCUAUCUCAGGGUUUAACGUCAACCACUUGGAUAUCGCCCCUCGGUACGCCAGCAUACUGAUGGGCAUCUCAAACGGGGUGGGAACGUUGUCUGGAAUGGUGUGUCCUCUCAUCGUGGGAGCCAUGACCAAACACAAGACGCGUGACGAGUGGAAGUACGUCUUCCUCAUAGCGUCUCUCGUACAUUAUGGAGGAGUGAUUUUCUAUGGAAUCUUUGCGUCAGGGGAGAAGCAGCCAUGGGCGGACAUAGAAGACACCAGUGAGGAGAAGUGCGGUAUCAUUGAUGAAGAUGAACUGGCAAAUGAAACAGAGGAAAUGUAUCGCGGAGGCGGGCAGUACGGCGCCAUGAGCAAACCGGUCGUUGGUUCCAACGGAGGAGGGACCGGAGGAGGAGGCGGAGGAGGCGGAGGCGGGCCGGGAUGGGUGUCGGACUGGGAUAAGUCAGAGGAGUAUGUGCAGCCACCUGGAUACAACUCUUACAUGUACGGAGGAGAAGAGGAGAGGGAGCUGACAUAGAAGUUUGACGUGAAACAAGAUAAAAGAAAAAAAGCAAGAUGGAGAAAAAGAGGAAGAUUGUUUGGAAGAGAGGCGCUGCAAUUCUGAAUGGACCUGCGGUGUGCUUUUGUACAAUAUUUACAAUUGCACAUAUCAUAAGUAAAGUCUACAUCUGAUUCAUUCUUAUGUUUGUGUGUACGUGUGUGUGUCUGUGUGUGUGUGUAGGCACGUGCAUGCAGGGGUUAAAGUGGUUAACGUGCACAAACAUAUACAGUAUUAAUUAACAAAAAAGAGAACUCAAAGGUCCCAGAUGAUCCUUCCUGCUACUGAACUCGUUUUCUGAUUGUUCAGAAGUUUCCACAACAUUACAGAGGAGAUUCAAUGUGUGUGUGUGUGUGUGUGUGUGUGUGUGUGUGUGCCUGUGUGGUUGGUUGGAUGCGGCCUGUUCAACAACUGUCUCAAGCCGCUGGCAUUGUGUUAUAUUUACAGUUGUAUGUGUAACUCACACAUUUUCUUUUUUUGCUGGGAAAGCACCUUGGGCCUCAGUUUAGUUAAAUACAAAAUGUGAUUCCACUUAUUACACUUUUUGGUUUAUAUUACUCUCGAGGCUCUCAGCUUUACGAUAAAUCACAUUAAGUGUGUACUAAAAAACUAAAAUCAACACACAUCUACGAAAGGUUAAUGUGAACAAUGUUGUCCGGAUGCUGGAGAUGCAUAUAGUGAAUUCCCUUUGCCUCAGCAACACUACGUUUCCAAAGCAAUGCACAAUUCAAGUAUGCAUUCAUGUGGCAACUACUUUAACUACUUUAAAACUUUUAUCAAAGACGAAAAUGGUGCUUAGGUGUUGUAUGAUCCCGUGUUUGUAUUGGUGGAGUUGUAAAACCUUGUUCCAACAGUAUGUGCAUUUGAACAUACAGAGGUGUGUGUGUGUGUGUGUGUGUGUGUGUGUGUGUGUGUGUGUGUGUGUGUGUGUGUGUGUGUGUGUGUGUGUGUUUGAGCUUGCAUGUGGUGUCUUGCUGAAUCUCACCUGGGUCUGACCGAACUAGGUCACUUGAAGCCAGGCUUAAGGGUCCCGUGAGUAAUCAUCGGAUAUAUUGGUGACUUUCCAUUUGGUGAGUACGCUCCCAUUAAGAGACGUGGCCCGGAUUGACAAGUUGAGUGUGAUGGUUACUGAACCAGCGAGGAACAACAGUUAAAACUUUCCCCGGCAUCUCGGCCCGAGUUCUAUCUUUUUCUGCGUCGUCCUUGGCUGCCUCUCCCUCCAUCUUCCUCCUCCUAUUCAACGGGACGCUUCCUGUCUUCUCCUCUUUGUCGGUGCUCCUUCCAUGUCUUUAGUACCUACAUUUCAGUCAUGUUUGAGUAGGACAGCGCUUUUCUGUUGGUCUGUGUGUGUGUAUGUGUGUGUGUGUGUGUGUGUGUGUGCGCGACGGUGAGAGUGUGUUGUUGCGUUGGGUGCAGGUGCUGAAACAUUGUGCGGCGAGCGUGUUUUAAUGAGCACAGCAGUGCAGUAGCUGCCCUGCCAUCCCUCCCCUCCUUUCACACAAAAGCACACACUCAGUAAACCAACGACGUGCAUUUCAUGCAGUCAAGUGCACCGUGCUCGGUGUGCACGAGAGUGGUGGAACACUAUUUGGUAUUUACACAGCUGUGAAGCACCCACGGAAACCGAGUAAGAUUAGAAAGUGUUAUCACUCAUUAACAAUGUGUGUGUUUAAGUUGGGUACCAAUCAUGGCAAGUCAAAUACGCUCCUCUCGUGCCCUUUGAAAGCAGCACCCUCUCCAUCUUUACGCACUGACAGCCGGGUAAUGUAGUGGACGGUCCAGAGGGGAUUCUCCUGAGAGGACACUAACAUGCUCAUAGAAAAAAAAGGAACAGUCUUGUUGUACAAACAAGCUGCACAGUACAACUCUUUGCAUCCGCACAUAGAGGCAGCAUACAAGAAACUACAUGUGCAUGCACAUACCUAUACGCACAAACACAACCUCUGCCCCAUGCGUGUACUCAGGUCAUGCAAACAUACAACUCUCUUUUCAGAUCGAGGAUCUAAUUCCAUUCAACUUAUAUAGAGGUGGUGAUAUGGGCUCACUUGUGAUAAACUGGAAUGUUGGAAUGUUAAAGUAAUAUUUGAUAUCAAUUUGAAUCAAGAUUUAAAUAAUUUAAAAAAGGGAUUAAAGCUAAUUUUGUUUUGAGGGAAAUAUCUAAAAUUCAUAAAUGAUUAUUCCUUUGAACAAUUUAAUUUUUAAGUGUUGUAUCUGUGUAUUUUUAAUCACGUUUCUCUUAGUCUACGUUCAUGGCUGUUCCAAUUUUGUCCUUCUUUGAUGAAAUGUGUGGUGAAUAUGCUGUAAAAAUAACAAAGGACAAAAUCAUAUUUAAACAUACAAAAAUUGGGAAAGAAUUCUAUGUAUAAAAGAUGUAUAUGUGAGAUAUCCUUGUGUAUAAUAAAAUGUAAGCAAUUUGAGAGGA